AUGUCGCGCAAGGAUAUCCCCUGGAACCCGAUCACGGGCUCCGAUAUGAUUCUCCGCUGGUCGGUGUUUCCACGUGAGAAGCCUGUCAGCACGUUUCCUGUGUCGGCGUACGCGGAAAAGCCUAAUCCAUUUGCCUUUGCAUGCAAAACAAAAAGAGACGUCACAUCCGUCACCAGCACGCAUCUGAAUGCACACAUCGCGUGCGUUCUGGAACAUGGCUUCGGCUGGUCCGCUUCAUCAUGCCUGGUGCUCCUGGUGUUUGCUCUGGCGGCCGUCUGGGGCCAUUAUCCUGACGAUGAACGACGACCGGUGGCGUCCGUCGAGAGGAGAGAUUCCUAUCCCGGCCGAUAUGUCACGCUGGCCGUGCCUGAACAUCGCAUGGAAGAAGUCUCUUAUCUACUUUGCGAUGGCCCAGAAAAGGAUGUCGGCGGCGUAUUUGGACGGUUCAUUGCUCGGCGUGGUGUGUUUUUGCCUAUUUGGGUACGUAUCAUCAGAAAAGCCCCGAUCGAGCCAAGGAUCCUGGCUAAAUGGGAGAACAAAAGCAUGUGGCAUCAGUACAAUAUUGAACCCAUCCAGGGAUGGAAGAUGUUUCGGACGGCGUCCAUGCUAUGGGAAACGUAUAAUCCGAAGCAUGCCCAUGGGAAAGCGCCGAGGUCGAAGCAAGAAGAGAGUAUAUCCACCUUAUUCUCACUGUUGGGGGACCUUGCUGAUCGCGAGGAAAUCUGUGUAGGCCUUGAACAGCGACUGUACUGGACGUGCCCGAAAUCAGAAUGCGAGGUGCGCCACGAACUCACCGAUCUCCCGUCCUGCACGUUACAAGAAUCUUCAUUCCCCUUCUCGCCCCCGACGUUCCCCACCGUUCAGAGCUUCGAACAAAGCACGGCGGACAUCAUCCGCCAAGAAGCCUCUAGCAUCCCGUCCACCCCGUCCUCCUACUACUACUACCUGGCCGAGAUCUCGCUGCGGCGCUUGCUCAACCGCACCCGCAACGCCGCUACCCUGCUGUCGCCGACCAUUGACUCUUUCACCACCACUCGGCUCGACGACACCCUCCAGAAGUUUGAACACCAACUCCAGCAGUGA